CGUUUCUAUAUGCCAUACGCUCAUUGUUAGUGUGGCUGUGUGACGUAUGACUGGCUGUCCAACUGGCAUAUAAAAGAUCGCCGAGUGUCGAAUUUGAAAAGAUAGGAGACAAUGAUUAUUCGUCGUUAAUAUCGAGUGUUUAAUUGUGAUAUGAUAAAAGAUAUGGCGGACGACGAGGCCGUACAGGCCACAAACGACGACGCUAGUGAAUGCAAACGUUAUGCUGUUCAACUUGGCUACUGGAGUGAUCCGUUUAUCAAUUUCUUCGUAAGGCAGACCGGUCGUAAGGCGCCGGAAAUUAAUCGAGGAUAUUACGCAAGGGUAAAAGGCAUCGAAGUCUUUAUCGAUAAGUUUCUCAAGCUCUCUGGUGGAAAAGGACAGAUAAUAAAUUUGGGUGCUGGUUUUGAUACGCUCUAUUGGAGGCUCCGUGAUGCAGGGAACAGUCCAUUGAAUUUUGUAGAACUAGAUUUUCCUAGUGUUACUGCUAAGAAAUGUUAUCUCAUCAAGAAGCAAAAACAACUCAUAGAUAGACUAAAUACCGAAGAUGGAGAGAUUAGGUUCUCAGCAACUGAUCUACAUGCAGCAAACUAUCAUCUAGUUGGUAUUGACUUACGGCAUAUAUCCGAUGUGGCAAACAAAUUGAGCCAGGCUGAAGUGAACUUUUCUCUACCCACUUUAUUCAUCACUGAGUGUGUACUGGUCUAUGUAGAUACCAGUGCAGCCUCAACCCUGUUAAAAUGGCUGUCUGGCAAGUUCUCAAACAGCAUUUUUGUUAAUUAUGAACAAGUGAACAUGCGGGACAAAUUCGGCCAAGUGAUGCUGUCCAACUUACGUACCAGAGGAUGUCUUUUGGCUGGUGUAGAGGAUUGUGAAAGUUUGGAAACUCAACAGAGACGGUUCACAGUAAAUGGCUGGGAGGGUUCAAACGCGUGGACGAUGGUUGAAGUAUAUGAUUCACUGCCUGAGUCUGAGAGAUCCAGGAUUGAGCGCAUAGAAUUGCUAGACGAGAGGGAACUCCUGACGCAGUUGCUUCAGCAUUACUGUAUCAGCAUCGCUUGGAAUGGACAAACCUUCAAGAACAUCUCCAUAGCUCAGGGCUAGUUUUUAUGUUUCUCAGGAGAAGAGUUACUCCAGGUACCAAGAAUGGCGGUAUCUAUCCGGUACAUGAAACCGGUGUUUGCUGGCGAUGCCGCGAUCGCGUAAGAUAUUCAGUUUGACGUAGGUGUAUCUAAAAAACAAUUAAAAACACGAAAAAAACAAAAGAUAAGCCGUCAAUACGGAUACGCAUCGAUAUGUAAUGCGUAAAUAAAGUUCUUUGAGGAUGGGUCGCGACGCAAUAGAGAUUUUUCCUGUGAGGAGACAUGUUUGUGUCUGUGUGCGUGAAAAAAUUUAUUGAAUUUUAAGAACUAUCUAUUACACAUAUAGAUGAUCAAGGCCCUAGUUUUGAUUAUUUAUAAAUAGUCGUUAAUUGGGGCCGAUGAUAAAAAAAUAAAUUAAUAAAUAAAACAUAUUCGAAA